GUCGCGGCUGCAGGAAGCAUGGCGACGGCCCGGGCGGCUUCGGCCUUGGUGGGCUCCUUGGGGCGGCUAGUGUGUGCGUGCAGCCGCAGUAUCCUGGCAGCUUCGGGGUCCGGAGCCGCCUCCGUCUGGCCUGCUGCUCAAAGGUUCAGUUCACAGAGUGCACCGUUUCCACAAAGAUAUGUUCCUAAAACCUCCCUGAACUCACCACCUUGGCCAGAAGUUGUUUUGCCAGACCCAGUGGAUGAGACUAGACACCAUGCAGAUGUCGUGAGGAAGGUGAAUGAGCUGAUCGCCAGAGGCCAGUAUGGCCGGCUCUUUGCUGUCGUGCACUUCGCCAGCCACCAGUGGAAGGUGACCUCGGAAGACCUGAUUUUAAUUGAAAAUGACCUGGACAUCAAGUGCGGAGAGAGGAUCCGAAUGGAGAAGGUCCUGCUGGUCGGGGCAGACAACUUCACGCUCCUCGGCAAGCCACUUCUCAGUAAAGACCUUGUUCGAGUCGAGGCCACAGUCAUUGAAAAGACAGAAUCCUGGCCAAAAAUCAACAUGAAAUUUAAGAGAAGGAAAAACUUCAAGAAGAAAAAAAGUGGCCUCGGAGUGAGCAGAUGGGUCCUUCCCGCCUCCAGAGCUCAGGGACCAAAGUGUGAUCUCAAGCGUAGAGGCGAGCAUGCAGCCAUGAGGCCUCUGGUGUUUCAGCCAGAGGAGCUGCAACAGCUGAUGCAGCCCUCAGAGCGAGCAAGGCACAACACGAGAAACACAGCCAUGCAGGACAGAGGACGGAGCCAAGGGCUACGCUGUCCAAGGCAAGCUGGUACCAAGGCCGGUCUGGGCAGAGCCCUCACCGCAGCUAGUUCACAGCCAGUAAGCUCUGGCUGAACCUGUGACA